AUGACGGCCACUGCACCAGAAUUGUCAAAAUCAGAUUUUUUUGAUUUUGUGACAUCAAAUGAAAUAACGGAUGCGCAAUACAAACAACAAAUGCGAUCUGUAAAUGUAUUCAUGGAAUCUCCCGAUUCUCGUUCUAAUCCCCUGCUGUCGGAAGAGCCCAAGGAACAAAAUAAUAACAGUUUACUAAGUGUAACCAGUAUACAGUCGUCCACUACUAACAGCAUGACCACAGCAACUAGCUCUAACCCACUACAAAGUUUUGACUCCAUAUGGAAUGUCGACAGAGAUAGAGAUCGUAUAGAAACUGCAAUGCUAGAAGAUCUUAAUAAAUUUUAUUGGAAUCAAGAUGGAAGUGAACUAAAUGGAACGCAUCCGUGUAGCGACACCGCCAUCUCAAAUAAAUUAAUUAGUAACAACACUGAUGGGCAAAUAUACACACUAACUGUUCUUAACCAAGAUAUUAACGAAACAAGUACGAAUCGUCCGUAUAAUUGGGGCAAAGAAGAAGACGUUUCUAUGUCGAGUCCAACUGAUUUGGAGCAAAAUCCCUCACUAGAUCUAGAAACGAUAUUAAAUAUGAACGGAUUUCCUAACGACUUCAAUCAAGAUACGCUUAAUGCGAACAUACUUGCAAAAGAUACUUUCAACUAUGAAGACGGAGAUUCUGAAAAUCCUACAACAGAACUAGGUACUAGUAACUUAGUUAAAGUUGAACCAUUUAGUUAUGAUGACAAUGAAUUUCAUAGUAAUGAUAAAAAAGAUGACUCAUCGCAUAGCACCAUAAUUGGUACGCCAACCAUGCUAGAAGUGGAGUAUAAUAACAAUAAUAACGACUGGAAAUUGACUGACCAAAACACAGAAUCGAAUGAGUCUCUAUUACGAAGUGCCCUGCAAGGGAAAGCUUUUAUUAGAUAUAGUGCAAUACAGAAAAAUCCCCUUACCAAACUCAGUACAGACCAAGAUUUGAAAACGGUUAUUAUUAACAAUAAUAACAAAGCAGACGUACCAUCAAUGUACCAAGAUAGUAAAGAUGCGGAUACGGAACUACUAAUGGCUAUAGGGCCAGCAAAUGGAAAUGUCAAUAUUUCAAUCCUUUUGGAAGAACCUACUGCUACUGUUGUGGCCAAUGGAGAAAAUCCAACUUCAACACAAAGUGUCGACGAUAUUAUCCUAUCUCAACUCGAUACUACUUAUCCAGAUGACUACGAAAAGUUAAAGCGAAUCGCAACAGAGUUAGGUGAAUCAGUACAACCAUUUUGCACUGUGGAACCUAUUGACCCAACGCGAAGUGUUUAUAAUAUUCAUCACGUGAACGGUGAAUUAGUCACAAUGAUUCCUGCAGGUGAAGUACAAUUGCCACACAACAUACAUGUAGUAACAGCAUCGCCUACUGUUUCGAGUACGAAACCUGGAAAAAGAUAUAAUAAGAGACCUCCAAAUAAAAAUUCUCCGCCUUCAACUCAAGCACAAUCGGGGACCGCUGUUCAAGCUGCGACCUCUACGUCAAACGGAGUCAGAAAAGAGAGAUCCUUACAUUACUGCUCUAUCUGCUCGAAAGGUUUUAAGGAUAAGUACUCAGUAAAUGUACAUGUGAGGACGCAUACGGGCGAAAAACCUUUCACUUGUUCUCUAUGUGGAAAGAGCUUUCGACAGAAGGCUCAUCUCGCAAAACAUUACCAGACACACAUUGCACAGAAAAGCGCUGCCGCUAACGGCGCCACGAAGCCCACCAAACAGCGG